AUGGACGACCUCAUCGCAACCCUCAACGGCGGGAUGCACGUCUCGCAGGAAUCCCACGACCUCGAGUCAUUCAAGGCAUCUCUGGCUCGCGCCCUCCCAACUUCGCACAACGGGCAUCGCGGUUCCAUUUCCAUGCCAGCGCCAUCCUUUGCCGCCUCGUUCCAGGAGCAGCCACUCUACCUUAUCCGCGAGGUCAGUCCGGCCCCACCAUACGAGGCGCAUACCCAGCACGUGCCGUACGACGAGGACAUGGACCUCGAGACUGCCUUUGCUGGCGACGCAUUUGCUCCCCUUCACCAGACCAAGCAGGAGGAUGCAUGGGCCGCUUUCCGUCCCGACGCCAAGAGUGCUUUUGCAUUUUCGUUUGGCGACAAACAGCAACCUGCCGUCGCAACGUUCCAAUUCCAGAUGCAGCAGCCUCAGUCUGCACCCCAGUACGAGACGGACGAAGACGCGGCCGAGGCCAUGAUUACCGACGAGUAA